UUUUCCUUCCGAUGUAACCAAAAAAAAAAAAAAAAACAUUUUCCAUCACUGAUCCUCUCAUUUUCCUACGUGCCAAACGCACAGUAGAAGUGUAGAAUCAUCAUAUAUAGUUCAACGCUAGAUCUCGUUCCAGAGAUUUUCAAGGUACUAAGAACUAUGGAACCCAAAUUGGUGUUGUUAAUGGUCGCUCUGAUGACCAUUGCAACUGCCUCUGCCGAUUAUGUUCGCCCUAAGCCUCGUAAAAUCUUGGAUUUUCCAUGGGAAUCAAAGCCCUCCUCUCAGCCCCAACAGGUGCACAUCUCGUUGGCGGGAGACCAGCACAUGCGAGUGACAUGGAUCGCUGAUGGUAAAUCUUCUCCAUCUGUCGUUGAAUAUGGAACAUCACCAGGGAAAUACAACCAUAUUGCUCAGGGAGAGAGCACUUCUUAUGAUUAUUUAUUAUAUAGCUCGGGAAAGAUACACCACACUGUCAUUGGGCCGCUGGAACACGACACUGUUUACUUCUACCGAUGCGGAAAACAAGGUCCUGAAUUCCAGCUCAAGACUCCUCCAUCUGAAUUUCCAGUUACUUUUACCGUGGCUGGUGAUUUAGGUCAAACUGGCUGGACUAAAUCGACGUUGGAUCACAUAGACUUAUGCAACUAUGAUGUGCAUUUGCUUCCCGGAGACCUUUCCUAUGCUGAUUAUAUUCAGUCUCGGUGGGACACGUUUGGUGAGCUAGUGCAGCCAUUUGCAAGUGCAAGGCCGUGGAUGGUAACAGAAGGGAACCAUGAAAAGGAGAACAUACUGAUACUUGAGGAUGGAUUUCAAUCCUACAAUGCUAGAUGGAAGAUGCCAUAUGAGGAGAGUGGAUCAAGUUCAAAUCUCUAUUAUUCUUUUGAUGUUGCUGGAGCUCAUCUUAUCAUGCUCGGUUCAUAUACAGAUUAUGAUGAGUACUCUGAACAGUAUAGCUGGCUGAAGGCUGAUCUUUUAAAAGUGGACCGAAAGAGGACACCUUGGCUACUUGUUUUAUUCCAUGUUCCAUGGUAUAACAGUAACAAGGCUCACCGAGGUGAAGGGGACCAUAUGAUGCAAGCCAUGGAACCAUUGCUAUAUGCUGCCGGUGUAGAUAUUGUUCUUGCUGGCCACGUACAUGCUUAUGAACGCUCGAAACGUGUUUAUGGUGGAAGAUCAGAUUCUUGUGGUGCUGUCCACGUAACAGUUGGUGAUGGAGGCAACAGAGAAGGUUUAGCCAGCAAGUAUAUAAAUCCACAGCCAGAGUGGUCUGUCUUCCGUGAAGCAAGCUUUGGUCAUGGCGAGCUCAAGAUAGUGAAUUCAACUCAUGCUUUCUGGAGCUGGCAUAGGAACGAUGACGAUGAACCAGUGAGAUCUGAUGAGGUCUGGAUAACCUCUUUGGUCAGUUCAGGCUGCCUUGCAGACAAGAGGCCUGAACUAAGGAAGAUCCUGCUUGCACCUUAGUACCAAUAAUAAGAGUGGUGCGUGCAUGCUUCUAUAAAUUCAGACGUGCUUUCUUGCUAGACUUUUAUGUAAAUAUAUAGUAAAACGAUGCAUAUACUUGGCGCAUAGUAUAGCCACUGCACCUGUCUACGUUGUGCUUGUGCUUGUUAUGAAGGCAGGAGUAUGCUGUGUAUGUUGAGCAGCCAUAAUCGGUGUGUUUUUGCUGCGUUUGUAGUUGGGUCUGUAUUUCAAGUGCAGCUUGUCUGCAAUAUGCUCAAUCAGUCAGUUACUUUAUCGUCUGUUUAUUAUUAUUAUUAGUCAUCAGUUUUAUCUCUUGAAUGGGGUGAAAAUUGCUGAGUCA